GCCAAAAGGAAUGGAGAAGCAUAUACUCAACUCCAGUAAGUCAACAGUGAAAAGGAUCGUUCCAGAUAUUUACACCCCUGAUAUCUCUACGUCAACAAAACGAAACGUUCAACAGAAUUUCACUUCUACUGGGGAACAGUGUUGUGGUGAUUUUAUUACAGCGGCACCUGGAUUUGAAGAAAGUUCUCCAUACGGACGACCGUUCGACCGGGAAGUCAUCGUCGAAAAUUUUGCACCAAGAUCUGUCUGGCUUCCGUUUUGAUGGGAGUUCUUGCCGAGCCGGAAGCGGAAGCUGCUUUUGAUCCUACCAAUUAUCCAAAGACAUCUUACCCAGCGGCUUACAGCCAAAAGUACAAAGGCGGAAAUGAUUAUUGCCAUCCACGAAAGGCACCAACCUGCUCGAAAAACGGAACCCUCACAUUCUGUGUCAAAGACCCCGAAUAUCCGGAAAAGGAAGUUAAGUACGCCAUCGACUACGACCCUUUGGUGUUGAAGAAAUACGCCGAUGUUGCCGAUCAGUCGGCCGAUAAUUUGGUCGAUGGACUGACCUCCUUGUCGGAGAAACAUUUCGACUAUUCCGAAUACCACGGCAAGACCUUUGACAAGGGCAACUGGGUUGGUGGUGAAGGAUACAUCUGUCCUAGCGAUGUCGUUUAUGCUCGCCCACUCCGGGCAGUGAAUGUCGAUGGAGAAUGGCGGGUCAUCGUCCAGGACAUCGCCUGGCCCGGAUACACCCAAACCCAUCGCGUCGAAAAAUGUUUGUUCCCCGGUGCAGCUUGCCGUACCCUGGCCCCUUGUUUUGGCAGCAAAUGUCUGCAAAAAUAUGUUUACCAGCGGAUGCUUUCCUUCGAUCCUUGCGAUCCCCAGAAGGGAAUCUUCAUCGACAUCUACAAGUUGCCAUCGGCCUGCUCUUGCCACAUUCCCCAACACGAUUUAUAAUUGAAUUAAGACCUUAUAUAGAAAUGUGCGAUCACGUCAAAGUUAUGCGAUAGACAUAUUAUUAGGUAAAGUAUAUUAAUGCAUAUGUGCAAUCACGAUAUAGUAUUUCGUAAGAUGUUCAUAAUAAAAACGAACUUUCAAAUUG